ACUGAAGCAGACACGGCACCACACUUCUGACGUCUCGGAAGCCACCCUCCGUCACAGGCACAAAUGCCAAGCCCGCAACCUCACGCUGCCCUCACCAAGCCAUCUGCGACAACACCGAGGCAUUGCGGCCACGACCCACGUUUCUCCCUUCCGCAACAAUUCCCACUGGAAGGGCCAUCGCCGUCAUGAGCUCUAAGAUACACGUCCUACGCCUCUACAGGCGGUCCCUCAAGCUCGCCCUCGACUGGAGCGUCCACCGAUACCUCUGGCGCGGACAGGCCCUGUACAUCCGCGAACUCUUCGAGGCCAAGCGCAAUGUUACCGAGCCGCGACAGAUGAGGGAACUGAUCAAGGAGACGGAAAACCUGCUCGAGAAGUGGAAGCACCCAGACCCUUACCGCCCACCCACGGCUCCUGGAGGAUCAAAGUACGAGCGCAACCUGCCCUGCCCAAUCAUCGAUCCUCCACCGAAGAUGAUUUUGUAGUCGGGGACUUUGGAACAAGCAUGGUAUCACGUGUACAUAUUACAGCUAUAGUGCAACUCAACAGUAGUUCGCAACAAGAAAGUCGAAAGCUUCA